GCUGACUUCGGAAAGUGCACUCCCACCAUUGACUUCCAGCUUGGCCGUGCUGGCCGCAAGGCCGACGAGGGAACCUUCCUGCCCACCGACGCCCUCGUUGCCCAGGGCCAGCAGGAUGCCCUCAACCCCAACAUCAUCAUCAACCGCGUCUGCGAUCAGCUCACCAACGUCUGCGAGGCCAACGAUGCUGCCAAGACCCAGUGCCUGGACGCCAAGGCCCAGAUUUUGGCCUCCGGUGACAAGAGCGCAGCUGUUGCCACCACCUUCAACGGUCUCCUCGGAUUCUAA